UUAAUGAUUUUAUGGAAGAUGAAUUAAUUGGGGAUGAUAUUGCAGCUCGGAAUAAUGCCAAUGAAUGUCCUGCACGGACAGAGAGUUUAAUAGAUGCUAAUAAGUGUUCUACCCUGGAAAAAGAUUUCACGAAUGCAGAUGUGAUAGCAAGGAAUAUUGUGAAUGAGAACAGCAACAUAGAUGUCAUUGAGUCUGAAGUAAUAACAGAGAACAUUACGAGAGAAGACCUAGCAGAAGAAGAGGUUGAAGUAAAAACCCCUGUAGAUAAAUGUGAAGAGGAAUGGCAUGGAGUCAGACGUGAAAACUGAGAGCAGUGCAGUAGAAAAUGGCUGCAUUGAUGAUGAGGUCAACGAAUCUUGUGGUUGAAUGUGUGGAAGAUGUCACCGAGUCUGAAGCAAUAACAGAGAACAAUAUGAUCAAAGAUGACCUCACAGAACAAGAGGUCAAAGCAAAGAACCAUGAAUGUGAGGAGGAAACCACAGGGUCAGACACAAUAACAAAAGAGAACAUUACAGUAGAGAAAGACCUGACUGAAGUAGAGGUUGUAUUAAAAAAAACUUCAGAUGAAUGUGUUGAAUGUAUUACAGGGUCAGACACAAGAACAAGCGAGAACAAUAUCAUGGAAAAUGAGCCUAUUGAUGAAAAGGUUGAAUUAAAAAAAGCUGCUGAUGAAUGUGUCACAGUGUCAGACGCUAUAACAAGAGAGAACAAUAUCACAGAAAAUUAUCCUACUGAUGAAGGGGCUGAAUUAAAAAAACAUGCUGAUGAAUGUGUCUCAGUGUCAGAUGCUAUAACAACAGAGAACAAUAUCAUGGAAAAUGACACUACUGAUGAAGGGGCUGAAUUAAAAAAACAUGCUGAUGAAUGUGUCUCAGUGUCAGAUGCUAUAACAACAGAGAACAAUAUCGUGGAAAAUGACACUACUGAUGAAGAGGUUAAAUUAAAAAAACAUUCGAAUGAAUGCGGGGAAUUUGUAACAGGGUCAGCAAUAACAGAGAAUAAUGUUGUAAAAGAUGAGAACACUGUCGGUUGUAAUAUUGUGGAAGAUGACAUUACUGAUGAAGCUGAAUUCAAUCUAAGUAAUAUUAAUAUUGAACAUACUCAGUGUUUUACAAAAGACACUGACUUUUCAGAAAAGCAUUUAAUGACUGAAAACAUGACAGUUAAAGAUGGUGGUGAAGUUUGUACUGUGAUAGCAAAUAAGAUUGAUAAUGAAAUGACUCAGCACCAGUCCAUAGAUGAAAGCAUCCAUACAUCAGUGAACUGUGAUAACUACAGGGUAGAAGAGAAAAUGAUGGAAGGAGAUAUUUCUAUUGAUGCUGGUAUCUGUAUGAGUACAGGUAGUAGUCCCAUACCACCAUCGUCACCUGUAUCAACUGGCAACCAAGCUUUGGACACAACAUUUACACAACAUUUACUUCACUGCCAAUAUUUACUUUCCAUGUUAGGAUCAUAUGGUCCAUUGAAAGCCAAAGAAACCAUGGCACUUACCAAGAUAGAAAAACAAACUCGGAUAUUCCAAAGAUUGUUGCAGAUUAACCCAACUGAUACUAUUGCUUCUGUUGAACAAGUUGUACCAGAAUUAAAUGAAAAACCAGCUUUCAUUGAGUUUUGGUUGAGAUGUUGUGAAGAACCUACCAUAUUAUAUGGUGGUGUAGAUAGCAUAAUGGUUCAACUAGAAUUGAAAUUUGGAGCUAAACUUAGGACCACACAUCCAACUAUUGCUGAUAAUGUAUUCCAAUCAUUGAUUAAGCAGAUGUUGGACAGACAAGCUAUUGACAUCAACAGUAGCAAUAGCCUUGUUACAUUGUAUCAGUUUACUAAUUGGUGUUUAGCCAAAAAUAGACCAGAUAUUGAACAUUAUGUAAAUGACCUCAUCAGUGAAUUGACAUUGAAUGAGACAUUAAAACAUGGUAAUGAAGAUAUGUUGUCAGUUAUAAGGCAACUACCAAAGACACCAUUACCAGCAUCCAACCUAUAUGCAUUAGCAAUGUUACUAUUAAAUGCUGACAGUACUACUAAAGCUGCUACUAGCAUCUACAUGGAAAUGAUGGCCACUGAUAAUAACUGGAAAAGACAGGCUUUAAAUGUGUAUCUUGAAUACUUAGAGGAGAACGACAAAGUCUUGAGACAAGCUGGUUGUUUAGCAUUAGCUAGUAUGAACGCUACAUCAUGUAUUGAUCAUUUACUGUAUAUUUGCCGCUGUGAUGUAGAUGAUGUCAAACAAUGUGCACGAGAUGCUCUUCUUUCCUUUGGUGAAGAAGGGAAGAAAGCAUAUGAAAGUACAAUAUCAUCACAGUAUGAUGUACAGUCCAUGGCUCUCCUUCCAAAUAUCACAAGCAUGCACCAUCAAAUGACAACAGAACUGUAAACUGUGGAAGAACAUACCAAGGUCUUUUCAUCUCAAAACAGUACCACUGCCAUUGUUUUUUAUAGUUGUUUUAUCUCUAAUUUAUUAUUAUGCUACAGUGUACGCAUUCAUUUUAAACUAGAAAUAAUGGUAAACUUGUGUGUAAAAUCUGUAUUAGAAGCUGCAUUUCUAAAUAAU